AUGGCCCGGUCCCGGUCGCGCUCUGCAGUCCGCGGCAAGGCUGUUUCUGUUCCGCGACCGGUGCAGAAGGCUACGCUAUAUAGUACUACUCGGGAUGUGAAUAGCCCUCCGCGCAGACGAUGGACGAGAAGUCAGAGUCGGGAGGUUGAGUCGCAUCAGCAGAGCCGCGAUGGUGGUGGUGGUGGUGGUGGUGAGUCGGGGAAGGGAUGGGGGAAGAGCAGGGGGGAUAUUGAGAAACUCGAUGCGAUUGAAGAAUCCCCCGCCAAAACCAAAACACCCCCAAGACGCAUUUCAAAUCCCGUCCAAGUACAGGGUUCCCCGGAAGAUGCCGUCAACAUGUCCGGCACCACUAUUCUCCCGUCAGAGCCGGAAACGGACCUCGAUCCAGACAUGAUGAUCGAGACUCUGCCUUCCCUGGAGCGUGAAGCGAGUGAUGUCCUGCAUAUUCUCGUUCCUGGGUCCGUGGAUCCGGUUAGUAUCGUCAACACGGCGAAGAAGCUGCGCGAUCCGCAGAAUCCGCAGAGAAAACGGCUGAAACGGUUAAUGUCAAAUCUGGACGCAGAAGCACAGUAUUUCGGGCACCAGACGUACAUCGACACGAAGCAGGUUAAUCCGCUGCUUGUUUCUGCGCUGGAGAAGAAAGGUACGGCGAGUAGGGAGUGGAGUCCAGAUCCUAUUCUGCACAAGAUGAAUUGUGCGCGUUUAGCACUGGAGGUGCUUUUGGCAGAUGCGUCGAGUGGAAAGAAAACUGAGUCGCAGAGGAAGGCGAUCCAUGAUUUGGAGGGACGGUUUCCGUCGCCGUUUAUGAAUGACCUUGGAAAAGGGCUUCAGGGGGGUUGUGGUCAGAGUGCGCUUGAAAAAGACACCUUCGAUCUGGCAUUGGAGAUUCGAACGCAGUCACUUUUGGUAAAGUUGGAGGCGCACCAGAAUGAGGACAGAUUCGAUCCUGAGGCGAUUGUGAGUGGUGUCUUCUUCGAUGAUGUUAUGGGGGAGAAAGACGAUUCGUAUCAGGACGGCCAGGCGCCUCUUCGUGGGUUUAAUAUCAAAAUGCUCGAAGACGAGAACGGCCGGCUUCCGGAGAAGUUUGCGGAAGCUGUCUACGAUCGCGUCAACGAGAUCCGUGUCACAUUAGCGGAAGAAGACGAUGAUGGCGUCCGCGGGCUACAAGGCGCUUAUCGAUGGCAGAAAUUUGUUCUACGGGCGGCACAAUGGAUUCGAAAGAGGGAAAACGAAAUCAACAGAGACUUGCAAUCGCAAUCCGAUGCUGAAACCGUUCGCGGGGAGUUUUUCUCUGAACCCCGACGGGAGAGUUCGUCGUUUACCAGGUGGAGCAGCUCCCCUACGGCCGUACGGGAAGUGUCAACUAUACAGACCGUGCCGGUGAAAGCGCCAAAGGAGCCUGUUCAGAAGCCUGUUCAGAAGCCGGUCCAGGAGCCUGUUCAAAAGCAGGCCCAAGAACCGGAGCCAGCUCAGGAACCAGAACCAGCUGCCCAGCCAGCUAAGUCUGAGCGACGAAAGUCGCACAAAAGCCAAUGGCUCAACGCUUCUAUGAUCGAACGAAUCAGCCAGAGACAGCGACGACAGACGGACUACGUGAGGCCACUCUCUAGCGAAAAGUCGCCAGAAGCCUCGAAUCGCCGUCAAACGCUGUCUGGGCCAGUGACGAUUGAACCACCUGCGCCGCCAGAACCUCGCGAAAUCCCAGCAUCUCCAGAAAACUCCUCGACAUUCUUGCAGGGUGAAGAAGACCUCUUUGUAGACUCCAGCUCCCAUCUACAGCCACACAGAGGCGAACCCGCACCCGAAAAAUCACACAGCCCGCCCAUGCGUCGCCAGACCAUAUCCAUACCACCAAACGAACUGCCCUCUAGCGAGGAAGUCUGGAACGCAGCGACCAAAGCGACUCCUCGCCUAACAGCCGACCCACGACGGAAAACACCUGCUGCCUUUGUCGACCGUCAGGAACAUGCCCGACGGGUAUCCCCGAUUAGUCUCAGUGAUCCCCGCAGCGCAGAACGGAGUAAAGAACGGCCACCGCAGCCACAACCAUCGCGAAAGCGCCAACGCGCGACAGAAGAUGAAGAUGACGGCGACGACGAAUUCAGUCGCUACGAACGAGCAAUCGACCCCUCAGUCAAACGCGCACAGAAACCAGACCAAUCUCGUCACAUAAAGCGUAGACGAGUCGACGACGCACCACGGCGAGAGAGGACAUCGCCGCCGCCCAGCACCGCUCCUGCCGCUACCACAUCUACAGCUACAGCUACAGCUACAGCUACAACCACAGACUCGAAAGUACGAGUCCGCUGGUCAUCCGAGGAAGACAAACGACUAAUGCGCCUAAUCCGGGAGUGCGGGACUAGCUGGUCGGAUCUGGUUCGACAGAACCACGCCGAGCCUGUGCAGGAGGGCGAGGUACGAAUUGAGGACCGCGAUCAGGUGCAGUACAAGGAUCGGGCGAGGAAUUUGAAGAUUAUUUAUUAUCGUGAGGGACGACAAGAUGAAUUGCCGAAACAGUUCGAGUACGUGACUAUGAGUAAACGAGAUAAGGAGAGUUUACGGAAGAGGGGGAUCGAGAUAGACUAG